CCAAUAAACUGCUUUGACGGAAAUAUAUACUCAAGAUACUGCUGUAUGAAACUUUCAUUUGUACUAUGUUUGGGUAAAGUUGUUUAUAGAAUGAGUGAACCCCCUUUGAAAAAGAAAAGAACCCUAUUAGAUUUUUUUAGAAAGAAAACCAAAUCAAAUAGUGAUGAACAAGUAAAAGAAAAAAAGGUAGAAAUCAUUGAUGUAGAAAUGGCUGAAUCUGAAGCUGGAAAAAGCUCAAAACCAGCAGUCAAUCCUGUAAAUAAAGUUUUCACUGACAUUACGACACAAGGGUUUGGUGCAUCAUUUGAUGGAAAAGGAGCUCAAGCAGCUUUUACUAAAAAAACUGAAAUGAUUUUGAAGAAGUCCAGUCUUGGUGACACUCUUAAAUAUGAUGAGACAUUUGAAUACAAUAUGGAUUCUGACGUAGCAGACUCUCAAGGUUCUCAGGAUGGAGAUAGUGUUAAACCAGAUAUACCAACCAGGAAACCAAGUCAAAGAAAAGCUAAUUCUGAUUGGAAGGGAAAACCUUUGAAUAGACUGAAUAAAAUGCCUGACUGCAUGGAUAAACUGCCAGCUCUACAUUCAACAGAAAACCAUACAGUUCUUAUAAAAGUGCCAUUCAAGUAUGAUCCAAAGUUACCACCUACGCCUCAUCCAGCACAGUAUAAAGAUGGUUGGAAUAAUGACCAUGUGAAAAUGCCAUGUUCUCCACAGAAUGAAUAUCCUUUCCAAGGCAAGAAUAAUAAACAGAUAUUGAGAAAAAGGUGGGAGAUUAUUGAAGAGGCACUUCUUAGUAAAAUACCAGGUCCAUAUGAGUUAGAGGAUGUAAUACUGAAAUAUAAUUCACGAUAUUUUGGCAAGUGGAAUUUUGAGACAUUGAAGAGUCUUUUUACAGAGAACCUUGCAGAAUGUGAAAGAAAUCAUUUCUUUGGUGAAGUUCUACCAAAAAUUGCAAAGUUAGCACUCAGUUUGCCUCAUUUAUGUACUCAGCCCAUUCCAUUAUUGAAGAAAGGGAAGACGAGAAGUAUAACACUAAGCCAGCAGCAGAUAGCCUGUUUAUUAGCUAAUGCCUUCUUUUGUACAUAUCCACGUAGAAAUGCCAAAGGCAAAACUUCUGAAUUCUUUAAUUAUCCAAGUAUUAAUUUUAAUAGUUUAUAUGAUGGAAUGCCUAAUGAUGUAAAAGUGGAAAAAUUAAAAUGUAUUAUUCAGUACUUUUCAAGAGUCACCAAAAAGAUGCCUACAGGCCUUGUCACAUUUACCCGACAAUGUGUAGGUCAUAUUGAUUUCCCUAAAUGGGACAGCUUAGAUAUUCCACUGAGAGGCUUACAUGUAUCAUCAGAAGGAACCAUAGAAGAUGAUGGGGAAGGACUUUUACAGGUUGAUUUUGCGAACAAAUAUUUAGGAGGAGGAGUUUUAACCCAUGGUUGUGUUCAAGAAGAAAUAAGAUUUUUAAUUUGUCCUGAAAUGAUCAUAUCACGAUUGUUCACAGAAGGUCUGGAGAAAAACGAAAGUUUGAUAAUGAAAGGUUGUGAAAGGUUUAGUUCAUAUGAUGGAUAUGCCAGAACUUUUGAAUGGAAAGGAGACUAUGAUGACUCUAAAAAUCCAAGAGAUGAUUGGGGAAGAUUGUGUACCCAUGUGACUGCCAUUGAUGCCUUGGUUAUCCACUAUUAUGAUAAACAGUUUAGAGGUGAUAUAGUAAAAAGAGAACUAAAUAAAGCUUACUGUGGAUUUGUGUCACUUGGAGGAGGAAAGAAUCCCCCCAAUGAAAUGAAUUUAUCUGCUGUCUGUACUGGUAAUUGGGGUUGUGGUGCUUUUGGUGGUGAUAAAAGAUUAAAAGCGUUAAUCCAAUUAAUGGCAGCUACAGCAGCCAAGAGGGAUGUAUGUUAUUAUACUUUUGAUGAUGAUAGGCUAAAGAAUGAUAUAUAUAAUAUACACCAAUAUCUUACUGUCACAAAUCCUUUAGGUAUAGGUAUCAUUGUGAAUUUGAUAGAAAGGUAUGAAGGAGUAUUACGAAAGUCAAGGAAGAAACCCAGUAUGAACUUGUUUGAAUAUAUUGUCAAAGUUUUUGAUGGAUCUCUAGAAAACACUGAUAGUGAACCUGACUCUCCUGCAAUUGAGAGAGAAAUGUUAGCAAUGUAUAGUAAGGAUGAUGAAGUUGUUAAAAAUAACUCAUUUAAAAGACAGUUAUCUGAUGAUUACAAAGCUAAUACACCUUAAGGAAAGGACAAAAGAAGACAUAUAUGAACAAAUCAUAAGGCUUGAAUAUAUUAUAAAACCAUUUUGACAUUCAGUUUGGGAUACCCUGAAUAAAAACUGCACUAAAGAGAGGGUGGUUUCCUGUACAUGUAUCAAAAGGAGACAAUAUAAGUAACUAGAGAAUUAAUAGAAAUCUGUUACAGUUUGAUGUUGCUUUGUGUCAUUUGUAAAUAUUCUAAUCAAGACAAAAUCUUUUAUAAUUAGUUGAUGUAUUAUUUAGUCAUGACAUUUUGAGGAUGAAUAUCAAACAAAGGUUAAAAAGAAGGAUGACGAUAAGUUUGGAUCAUGAUUGCCAUAAGCUGAAAGAUGAAAAACAAUUGUAGUUUAAUCCUAAUGUAGGUGUUAUCAGUUAAUUUUCAUGUUAAGUUAAUGUCUUUGUUCCAUCCUUGUGAACUGAUGAAUUAAUAUUCAAGUUCAUUUAUGUAUGAACAUACUUUUUUAUGAUAGGUUAUAGACUAUUUAACGGGUUCAUAGAUAACUGAUCUUAGAUAAAUCAAAGGAUUUUGUCUUAGUGUCUGUCAUAUGUGUCUGUGUCAACUUUCCAAUUUUACUUUGUUCAUGUGAGAAGUUAAGGAAAAAUUAUUUGAUUCAAUUUUUGUAAACUACUCUUAUCUGUUCCUAUUGGUUAAAUCUGUUGUUGUUGGAGUAUUCAAGAAGUUUUCUGUAGAUAUUGUGUGAGGCAGGGGCCAAGUGUUAACAUUAUUUUCAGUCAUUACAAUCAAUUGUUCUUGUUUAAGAUUGUUUAAGUUAAAUAUAUUAUAGUACUGCUAUGUUUGCUUGCUGUAAUUUUAUCUUCUGUUAAUUUUCAUAUGGCAGCUAUUAAAUUGCUAUAAAAAUAGCAAAAACUCAGAUCUAAUAAAUAUUUGAAAAAAGUUCCCCUUAUCAAUUUAAAGAGUUUUAUAAAUAAGCUUUACAUGGCAAUGCAAGUUAUUCAUUUCUUGAAUGAACAAAUAAUGUAUAGUUUUACAUUAAUAAUGUCUUGUUGACAAAUUAAUGUAUAUUUUUAAUUGUAAAUAUUUAUUUGUAGAUACUGUUUUUGUAAUUUUAAUUUAUUAUACUACACUGUAGUAGAUCAGUGCUGUGAAAAUGUAGAUAUGGUUGUGCCAAAAAACUUUUUAUCAUGAUCACAAGAUAUAUAUAUAUAAAGAGUAGUUUUCUUACUGUAUUAUUGUGCAUAUGAUGUUAUUGUUGAUGAAAUGAAUGAAAAGAAAUGUAAUAAUUUUGUACUCCAUUUAUUUUUUUAUUUGUGGAUGCUAAAUUUUUUUAGAAAAUCAGUAUCUGUUCUAUGUCAAAGGAGUUUUUCCUAAUGUCUGUCUUGUCUGUUUAUAAUUACCUUUGCUGUAUUGCAUAUUCUUUGACUUUCAUACAGUAUGUUAUUUUGCAUUUCUUGACAGACUUCCACCAACAUGUAAAGAUUUGCCCACUGCAAAUAAAGUUAUAUACCUAUUAUUGAAAAAUAUAUCAUUCCUAAUUUGAGGUUUCUCUAGUUUUAAUGUGGACCUGUUGUUAUAUACUUUUUAUCAGAUAAUUAAAACACAAUCCUUGAAAAUAGCUUCAUAUAGUUCUGCCACUCUUGCAAUGGUUCUUUUCUAGGACUUUAAAUUUAAAUAUCAGUGAUCUUUGGGUCUCUUACCAAAACUAAAUUUUAAUAUCAGUGAUCUUUGGGUCUCUUACCAAAACUAAAUUUCGAUAUUAGUGAUAUUUGGGUCUCUUACCAAAACUAAAUUUUGAUAUGAGUGAUAUUUGGGUCUCUUACCAAAACUAAAUUUUGAUAUGAGUGAUCUUUGGGUCUCUUACCAAAACUAAAUUUUGAUAUGAGUGAUCUUUGGGUAUCUCCCCAAAACUAAAUUUAGAUAUGAGUGAUAUUUGGGUCUCUUACCAAAACUAAAUUUUGAUAUGAGUGAUCUUUGGGUCUCUUACCAAAACUAAAUUUUGAUGAGUGAUCUUUGGGUCUCUUACCAAAACUAAAUUUUGAUAUGAGUGAUCUUUGGGUCUCUUACCAAAACUAAAUUUUGAUAUGAGUGAUAUUUGGGUCUCUUACCAAAACCAUUUUCAUUUACAUCAGUUUAAACUAUUACUUCUUGGAAACGCUUGACUGAAUUUUUAUACACUUGCACAGGUUCUUCUGCUGGACAUGAAGUUGUGACCUACGGUUUUGAUUUGUGAUUUGAGAAAUUUUAUCCCACUUGAACAUGGACUUGUCACUUUUCUUUUGGAGAGGACAGGCAGAUCACAUGUUCCUAGGAAGGCACACAUUGACUUUUAUUUUUGUUUAAGUAAAGAGUGAAUGAAUAUUUUGUUAUUUUGUGUAAUUAUGUAUUUGCAUCCAUCGUGUGUUUUUUUUUAUCUAUAGGAUGAUAAUGUAAAGUGCAUAUUUCACCUAACUUUUAAGUAUUUACGUAUGAAGAUAUUAGUACAUGUUGUAUGUAAGGUCUACCUUAAUUCAUUUGACUGAAAGAUGUACAAUCAACACUUGUAAGUAUUUUCAAAGAACUAUUGUACACAUGUGUUUGUGUAAGUGCCAACUAUAAUAAUAAACCAAGCUAUUCAAUGAAAAGAAUGAUUUCAUUUAUU